CGGGGCCGGUCCGGCGCCGGUCCCGUCGGGUCCGCCAUGGGGACGCAGGGUGCCGGGAGAAAGCGGCUGCCGAACCGGGAGCGCCUGACGGCGGAGGACGAUGCGCUCAACCAGAUCGCCCGCGAGGCUGAAGCAAGGCUCGCGGCGAAGCGAGCGGCGCGGGCAGAGGCACGGGAGAUCCGAAUGAAAGAACUGGAGAGACAGCAGAAGGAGAUCUAUCAAGUCCAGAAGAAAUAUUAUGGUCUGGAUACUAAGUGGGGAGACAUCGAGCAAUGGAUGGAAGACAGUGAGCGUUAUUCCCGUAGAGCCCGAAGAUAUGCCUCGGCUUCGGAUGAAGAUGAGCGCAUGUCAGUGGGUAGCCGUGGAAGCCUGAGGGCUGGAUUAGAGAAUGAGAGGACCAAAAAGAAGAACUACUCCAAAGCAACCAAUGGUUAUGAGGAAGACGUGUAUGGAUCAUCCCAGAGUAGAAAAUCUAGCAGGCCCUCCCUGCUGUACAGCGAUGCCCUGCCAGCCAGAAGUCACAGGGCGUCUGUGUACGAGGAGAGCGUUUACAGCGGGAGCCGUCGGUAUAGUGCCCCUAGUUCUCGUGCUCCUUCCGAGUACAGCUGCUACCUUGGUUCGGGAUCUCGGGCAUCCUCAAGAGCCAGCUCUGCUCGGGCCAGUCCAGUG